AUGGCAUCUCAACAAAGAAACACGUCGGUAACAGCCGAUCCUCCGCGUACACGCGACGAAGAAAAGGAGCGUGAAGCACGCUCUAUAUGGGUCAAGAAAAUGAUGAGCGAAGUCGAAAACCUCAGUAGCGAUCAGUUGGUCGCAAAUUUGCGCAAGGAAGGGUAUUAUGUUCCGAACCCGAACGAAUCCAUCCCAUACGAUAACGGAGAAGACACCGAAUAUCAGGAGCAAACGAAAACGAAGAAACAAUUCUUCUUCCAGAAAAAUACUGCAAGCCUCUCCGGUAGUGAAGAGUUGAUCGGAUAUAAGGGCAUCUGGAAGCUGGAGGACAUGUCGAGAGGGGAUAUUGUCCUAUGGUUUCAGAAACUCCGUUCUAAUAAAACUCAGCGGUCCCGGGCUUCUGCUCCAAUUCAAUCGGAACGACUUUCAGAUCGAGUUCACGCAAUGAAACUCUGCCCACGACAAUUAAGUUUUCAAGGCAAAUUCAUUUAUGAUGAUGAUGUGGUGUUGGUGAUCAUCCCCAAAGCAGAAAUCAGUGUUGCCACAACACAGGCCAAUGGUGAAGGGCUCAAUAGUCUGAAUGCCCUGCUAACCAGCACAAAGGAUACUCUAUAA